GCUCCAUCGCUCAGUAUAUAAAGCAGGACAACGACGGAAGGAGGACGGCUGGGUAGUCGCAGCCCGGGAUUGUAAAUAAGACCGUUGAAACUGUGUUUUAUUUACAAAAGUGAUGCCGGCUGUUUUAAAUUAUCGUUCCCAGUUGUUUUAAGUCGUUUUUCGUAAUUUUUGGCUCUAUUUCUCGCCUAUUUCCGUGUGGUUUUUACACUACGCGUAUAAUGGCGAGCUCGGCUAACUCGAACCCAGUGCCUAAACUAUAUAAGUCUGUGAUUGAGGAUGUGAUCAAUGAAGUGCGAGAGCUGUUCCUGGAUGAGGGGGUGGAUGAGCAAGUGCUUCUGGAGCUGAAAACGCUAUGGGAAAACAAAUUGUUGCAGUCUAAGGCAGUGGAGGGCUUCCAUACUGAGGAGCAGGCAGCCCUGCAGGCCGCUCAACAGCAGCAGCAACAGCAGCAGCAGCAACAGCAGGUUCAGCAGGUCCAACAAGUCCAACAAGUCCAACAGGUCACCCAGCCAACACAGGCCCAGCAAGUACUUCUGCCCCCCCAGCAGCAGCAAGCUCCCCAGCAGCAAGUCAUUGUUCAAGACCCCAAGAUUCUCCAGCACAUGAGUGCAACAGGGAUGAGUGCAGCAGCUACCGCAGCAACCCUAGCUUUGCCCACAGGCGUCACCGCAUACCAACAGCUCAUCACCAGCCAAGGUCAGAUCCUGCAGGUGGUGCGUGCUCCCAAUGGCACUCAGUACAUCAUCCCGCAGCCUCAGCAGCAGAUCCUCCUGCAGCAGCAGAUGCAGCCUGGCGGCGUGCAGGCACCGGUCAUACAGCAGGUCCUGACCCCUUUGUCGGGAGGCCUGCCCCAGCAAACUGGAGUCAUCAUCCAGCCGCAGCAGAUCGUCUUAGCCUCAGGAAACAAAGUCCAAGGCAAUACACAGGUGAUGCAGGCAGCAGCUAUGGCACAGCAACCUGGUCAGACAGCAACAGCUCAGGUCCAGCAGGUUCAGCAGGCCCAGGGUGCAGCUGCACCACAGGCCCCACCACAGCAGCAAGCUCAGCCCCAAGCUCAGUCCCAACCUCAAGCCCAGCAGCCUCCCAUGAUGCUACAGGUGGACGGCACCGGAGAUACUUCCUCAGAAGAGGAUGAGGAUGAGGAGGAGGAGUAUGAUGAAGAUGACGAGGAGGAGAAGGACAAGGAUGGGGGGGAGGACGGGCAGGUGGAAGAGGAGCCACUGAACAGUGGGGACGAUGUCAGUGAUGAGGAGGACCAGGAGCUGUUUGAUACAGAGAAUGUAGUGGUGUGCCAGUAUGACAAGAUUCACAGAAGUAAGAACAAAUGGAAAUUCCACCUGAAGGACGGGAUCAUGAAUCUGAAUGGGAGAGACUAUGUCUUCUCCAAAGCCAUUGGGGAUGCCGAAUGGUGAAGUAGAAAAAAAAAAAGAACUCUGUAACUCCCUCUAUCCAGUUAACAGACACUUCAGUAUCCUUCCAUAUCCUGUGACUGGAUUCAUUUCAGGAAACUUCUGAGUCUCUGAGAACUCUGACAAACCCAAAAGACUGUGAGGUACCAUAAAACCUGGGUGUUGUCAAAAACACUCACCUAGCCUUGCGGGAUGAGAAACCUACAAGAGAAGGCAAAACCUGCAAACAGAGCGUUCUUGAUCUUUUUUUUUUUUCUUUUUUCGCUACUUCCAGGCUUCUUUUGCUUUUUCCUGAGAGAAUUCACACACAUUGGAAAGUAAGCAUUUCACUUCAUUCAGGUGUAGUGGACCAGGGUGACUUGACCUGUCCCACCACAGUAGGUCAAAGGUCACUCAUUAUAACCCCAUAGAUGACACCUUCAUGAUGCACUGUAGUCGGUUGACUGGAUUGACUCGUGUCUACAUUUAAGUCCAAACUUAGUGCCACCAGUCAAGAUUGCUGCCUUUAGAAUGGCCAGAAUGACCUUUUGGCGUCUAAUUUUUAUUCUCGAAUCCUAAUUCUGUCCCACUUCAUGUUUAUGAAAAUGGUGCUCCAGAGUGUUUUAUGUAGUUAACAACCUGUUAUUGUUUUAAACAUUUUUUUAAAAACAUUUGAAGAAGGGUUAUGACAAAGUAAGAUUAUAGGAAUCCUAAUAUAACCAGUACUUGUUUAAAGGCAUUUAAAAAAAAAAAAAAAAUUGUAAGCAGUGCUGAAUCCAAAAAUACUGUUAUUUUCCUCAUCCUUUUCUCUGGAGCUUCAUUCCAUCUAUAUCCCAAAACUUAUCAAAAAAAAAAAAGAGCUGACACUGAAUUCAUUUAAGAGUUGUACAAAAUGUCUGAAAGUUUGUCCUGGUGGUGUAUCUUCUUUGCUCUUAUUUUAGUUCUCUGCAGCCGUCUGAAAAUUUGCACUGUGGGUUUAUCAAUGUGUCGUGAAAUCAAAGUCAUGUUAAUCAGUAGCCACAGCUCUGUUCUGCUCUGUGUGUGUGUGAGUGUGUGUGUGAGUGAGAGAGACUGCGAGCAUCUGGUAUGUAUGUUGACUGACCUGUUGUCACCGCUUUUCUCUGGUAUUGGUUUGUUUUUCUUGCACACCCUGUAAUCUCAAAACAUCACAGUUUGAAAAGUAAAAUAGAAAAUUAGAUUUUGUUGGUGGGGGCAGAAUGAUUUCCCUUUUUUUUUUCUUUUUUUCUUUUUUUUUUUAAUUUAUUCCUGAAUGUUCAUGAAAUGUGCUAUAUUUUGAUAUUUUGAAAGGUUGGAAAGCCACACCAAACUGUGCUCUUAUUAUCUAAUAAGUGUUCCUUUUUUUUCUGUUGGCUGGACAAAGUUACAUAACGCUGUGUUCCAAACCAUUUUGUCCAACAUAUGUUCUCCUGUGCUUUCAUUUUAUCCGUGAAUUUUAAAUGAGAAAAUUUUCUAUUGAAGUGAGUUGAACUUGGGGGGGGGGAGGGGGCAGCAGCCUGUGUGUUUCUCUGCAGUUUGUUUUUAGUGCCCCUGUUGCAACAAUUUGAAAUAAAGUAUGUGUUUUUUGA